CGUUUUACCAGAAGAUUUUAUUCUCCCUCUUCAUCCGUCCCUCUUCUUGACGGCGGUUGCCUCUCCUCAUCGUCUGCUUCCGCCUCCCUCUCCCUCUCCCUCUUCACGCCAGGCUACUCCUGACCGGCCGCCGCUGCCUCUUUGGCUCACAUAAAGUGAAAAAGAGAUUUUCAGGUACUGGGUCUGGUGGACCGACCUGGCAGAUUACAGCUAUUACCCAAUUAUGGCACUGAGGCGUAUGUUGGGGUGGUCCGAUGGUGAGUUAAUGAGAUCAGAUGCAAAACCUUGUUCGAGACUGAUGAGACAGACAGCUGCUGUAUGUACUGUUGGAGGAGCACUUGGGUUCUGGGUCCUCUGUAGAUUGCACUAUGGUCCCAGAGUCACUGUGCCAAGGAGCCUUCGCUGGGCUGCUUGUGGAGCUGUAACUGUGAGCUCAACUUCUGCUUUACUAGUCCGCCUUUUUAGUCCCGAAUGUGAACCGCAGAAUAUUGCUGCUUAUGACCAUGGAAAGAAAUGACAAUAGUCUCGCUCUUUUUGUAAGAAAUCUGGUUGCUUGUGCCAUUUAGCUAUUUCACGAGCCUGUAUCAGAAAAAAGAUCCUUCCUGUUUUAUGAUUAGUUGUUAUUGUGAUCUUA